AUGGCUGAGACAACAUCCGAUCUCCCUGCCUCAGUCAUCACUCCUACCAAUCAACCUCUGGAGCCUUCCGCUCCCACUAAGCCUUCCACACCCACAAUUACUCCUACCGCUACUGUCACACCUCACUCAGUUUUUCAAUCUCUUCCUAAUUCUGAAUCCCUUGAAACUGCUGCUCCGACCUCCCCAUCAUCUGAGGCUCCCACCAGUCUAAAAACAUGUGGAGAACAAGGUCAAAACCCUAAGGUCACAAAGAGUUCUACCAUCAUUGCUACUGAUUCCAUGGUGGUAGUAGCACCAUUUGAGGAAGAGAAAAAUGUUGUAACCGUGUUUGUGGUGUCUACGGAUCGUGUGUUGCAUGAGAUCAUCUCUCAGAAAGACGAGAAUGCACUAGUAUAUGCUACUGGGGAAUCACAUGAGGAACCUGAUCCCUCUCCGGAGGACCCAGGUCAGGGCUCUCAUUCCCAGAACAGUUCUGUUCCUGCAUUCGCUGUUGUGCCCUUGGAAAUUCAAGUACCUGAAACAAGAUCCAGUGAUGAAGACGACCUAGGUGAUGUGGCUCUUGAUGCCUUCAUAAGCAAGCGGAGGGUUGUGUCCACUCCUGAGCCUAAAACCAAAUGA